UUUCCCUCUUAACCCAAUCCAAACGUCUUUCAGCACUCACUCCUUCUCUCACAAACACAAACACAGAGAGAGCUUCAAACUCUCCAUCAAUGGCGUCUCUCCAGCAAACCCCAACGGCUCUCUCCCUCCAAUCCAAUCUCCUCUCCCCCUCCCUCCGCCUCCCCAAAAACCCAUUCAUUCUCAACCUCUCCGCCCCGCGCCGUAAUUUCACCGGCGUCAAAAUGUCCGCCACCGUUGCCGGAAGCUACGCCGCCGCCCUCGCCGACGUGGCCAAAUCCAACAACACUCUCGACUCCACCAGCGCCGACAUUGAAAAGAUCGAGAAAUUUUUCGCCGACAAAUCGGUCUACGACUUCUUCGCCAACCCCACCAUCGACCCGGAAAAGAAACGACAAGUCAUCGACGAAAUCUCCAAGUCCUCCGCGCUGCAGCCGCACACGGCGAACUUCUUGAACAUUUUGAUUGACUCCAAGAGAGUCGACGCGAUCAAGGACAUAGUGAAGGAGUUCGAGAAGGUAUACAACAGCCUAACGGAUACCGAAUCGGCAGUGGUGAGCUCGGUGGUGCAGUUGGAGUCGGAGCACUUGGCGCAGAUCGCGAAGCAGGUGCAGAAGCUGACCGGGGCAAAGAAUGUGAGGAUAAAGACGGUGAUUGAGCCGAGUUUGGUGGCUGGUUUCACAAUAAGGUACGGGAACGCUGGGUCGAAGCUGAUUGAUAUGAGUGUGAAGAAGCAGCUGGAGGAGAUCGCGGCGGAGCUCGAUUUAGGAGAUAUUCAACUUGCUGUAUGAGAAAUUUGAUGAAAUUUAUGAAGCUAAAUUUGUAUCACUUUUUUUUAAGAUUUAAUGUGAAUUUUUUUUUUUUUUUUUUUUUAUGUGGAAGUUGGAUUUAAAUUAUGAGAAUUAUAUUGUAAUUCAUGGAGAGAGCUUGGGAUAAAAUCUCUUGUUCUUGCAUUACUUUGUAAUUUAAUGUAAAAGAUUUUGGGGAGAAUUUUUAAAUGAA